CUGCAGAGCUGACCAUGUUAUAAUUAAACUGGGUUCUUACGAAUGAUGGAGGAAAUUUAUGUCAACGUUGACCACGUCAAACCUAAUAACCCAAUACCUUCAACAAAAUGCCGAGAUCCAAGGAGCUGUAAGAGGAGUUCCCAUUCAGGUGUUAUUCUCUCUCUGGCUCUGCUGAGCCUUUCCCUGCUUGUUGGACUCAUCAUUCUUGGGGUCUACUAUCGGGACACAUUACGAGAUUCAGCUGCAAAUCUCUCUGAGAUGAGUAACAAACUUGCCUCCAUGACUGAGGACAGAGACCUGCUGCAUGCCAACCUCACUGAAAAUGCCAGAGAGCUGGAGAGGCUUCAGAAUUUGACCAGACUGAAUCGGGACACAUUACGAGAUUCAGCUGCAAAUCUCUCUGAGAUGAGUAACAAACUUGCCUCCAUGACUGAGGACAGAGACCUGCUGCAUGCCAAUCUCUCUGAGAUGAGUAACAAACUUGCCAACCUCACUGAAAAUGCCAGAGAGCUGGAGAGGCUUCAGAAUUUGACCAGACUGAAAAAAACAUGUCCUGUAGGAUGGAGUAAUUUCAGCCAUAGCUGCUAUCUCCUCUCUGAAAGCUCUGCUUCCUGGGAUGCAGCCAGAAAGGACUGCAGAGUCAGAGGAGCAGAUCUGGUGGUUAUUGACUGCGGUAAAGAACAGACCUUCCUCUCUGCGAUCACCAAUGAAUACACUUGGAUUGGUUUGAAUGACAAAGAACAAGAGGGAACAUGGAAAUGGGUAGAUGGGACUCCAGUGAUUUUCACGUACUGGGCAGAACAUCAACCUGAUGAUGGUGGUGGAAAAGAAGACUGUGCUCAUUUCAGAAAUGAUAGAAAAAAGUCAUGGAAUGAUCUUCCAUGUUCGACUUCUCUUAAGUGGAUCUGCGAAAAAGAACAAAAUGAAGACAACAGCACAGCUGUAGAAAAUCCAUUAGAGAAGGGUCUGGCUGCAGCCACUGGGGAGCGCCAUAUUGGGACCUCCACACUAACCGGAAACACGUGA